UAAUAAUCUUUUGUACUAUAUAUAUAUAUAAUUCUACAAUUUAAUAAUUAUACAAAAUUAAAAUCAUGGCAGUAAUCAAUACAUCCAUUGUGAUAAAUAAGCCAGCUAAAACAGUUAGUGAAUAUUUCUACAAUUUCGAAAAUCACAAGAAUUGGGAUCCAUUUGUUGUAAAGAUUAAGAAUGAUACGGCUCAAAAGGCAUCAAGAAGUGAAAAUAAGGUAGGUGAUACUUUAACUGUUGGUCUUAUAUUACCUGGUUCAACUUCUAAAAAUGUUUUUAAUCCUUUAGUAACUCAAGUAUCAGAAUAUAUAUUUGAAUGGAAGGGAGCUUUGUUAUUUGACUUUCUCUUUGUUGGAUAUCAUAAAUUUGAAUUUAAACCAAUUGAUGAAAAUAAGACAGAAUUAAUUCAAUCCGAACAAUUUUCAGGAAUCUUAGUUCCAAUUUUAUUAUACUUUUUGGGAGAAAAGACUGAAGCGGGGUUUAAGAGUUCUAAUGAGGCUUUAAAAGAACAAGUAGAAGCCUUAGAGUAAUCUUGCUUUAGAUUAAUUAUGUCUGUAAUUAAGUAGUUAUAUAGUUACAGAAAUGUUUAUAACUAAUAAUCUUCGGAGAUAACUGUAGACAUUGCCCAAAAGGGUAAAUGGCAAAAAUAAGUAUGUGCAGGAAUUGGAGCAUCUUAAAUAGUUAUAAAGAUGACUUUGAUGAUUAGUAAACUUCUUAUAUACUCUGCACAACUUAAUAUAUAAUGGAUUAUGGCAUUCUCUAGAGGUUCGUUAACAGAAGAGCAACGAGCUCGAAUAGUAAGUAUAGGAUUUAUUUACAAGGUAUAUAUUUAAUCGCGUCAAAAUACUAAUUAUGAGAAAUAGGAAGCAAACAGGAAGCGUGCAUU